AAAGAGACACCUUUUUACCAUCGGACUUUUCACUUUUGGAACAGUUGCUUGUCAAACGUUGUAAGAACAACAUCUUGAAAAAGAUUUUUGAUCGACAUACUAAAAAAAAAGGUUUUCUGUAUACUUACUGUGUUCUGUUAUUAAGUGUUGGAUCGGAAAACUUAGCAAAAAAAAUUAUUUAAACGAAAAAAAGUUGUAUUAACAAAGUGCAAAUUUAUCAGCGACGGAUGUGACUGUUAGAAAGAAAUUAAAAAAUAAAUAUUUUGUGGAAAAAAGAAGUGAUUCAGUGGUCAGAACAAUUAUUAUUGUUCUCAAGAAAAAACAAAAACAGUUUUCGCUUUACAAAAACAUUUUUUUUUAAAUUUGUGUAUGACGUUAAAUUGCAUCACAAUUGAUAACUACAAGCAUUCGAGUUGGGCACCAGUACAGCUACGAAAAUGCGACAUCUACAGUUUUUUCGUUUGUGUCGUCAUUUUUGCUGGCUUUGCUAACGGUGCCCCACAAAACCAUCACAGACAUGGACACACAGCGGCGUAUUCAUCGUCUGUUGAUGACAGUAAUACCAAAAUGGAAUGGGUGAAUCCGUGUGGUGUACUUUUAGCUACUGUACCGACAAAAUUCGAAAAUGAAACCGAAUUUCAACCAAGAAAUCCGAAAGCUUUAAAGCCACUGAGAGACGCUUUACCAAACUAUAUCCUUCGACUGAACGGUCCGAACAUGAACGCUAUUGACACAUCAGACAUUAGCGAAUGGUUUAAAUACAAUUCAACCUACUCAUUUUUGCAUCGAAUCAAUGCAUCUGUAGCAGCUGUAAAUUUACCAAAACGACACAGAGAAACCCAAAAAUAUGUGGCUGCAUUCCAGCAGCUAGCGAGUAAGCAGAAAAAAUUCGACAGUUUCCAAAACGAAGGUAACGCAAAAACCGUCGAAAUCGAUCAUCUGUUGGUAUUGGCGAAGAAUCUCCUCUGUGAAAUCGAAACCAUCAUCAACAAUACGCGCCAACCGAUGCCAAUGGUAAUGUCCCGCGAAGCCAUGGACCGAGCGCUGAAGUUUCGCAACAACAACAACAGCAUAUUCAGUGACGACGGCGACAUCGACGAGCUGGACAAUAAGUUUGCGAAAGUGCGAUUUCACGAGUAUGUGCAAAAUUUGCAGCGGGUACUGAAGCGUCCGGGUAAAAAGAAUUUGCGACCGCGUAAACGGGGACCGAAAUUCGGCGGUCCGAAGAAGGGUAAGGGAAAGAAGGGAACGAAAGUGGUGAAAGGGAAGGGACCGAGAAAACAAGCAAAACGAAAAAAUCUGAGAAAGAAAAUGAAAUUACCAAAUGGCUCACUAACAUAAGUAGUUUUUCGUCUUCUUGUUUUUAGUAAUUUUUAUUUAUUUCAAACUUUUUUUUUUUUGUUUAGAUGUUAAGCCUUAUAUCAAUUGCUGUGAUAUAAUUUUAGGGAAAAUUAUAUGUAAGUAUUUUGAAUAAAAAUAGACCAAAAAUAUAAUUACGUGUACAUUUAGAUAAUGAAAUGGGGGGGAAGAAAAAUAAAAAAAAACGCGGAACGAACAAAUGACUUAAGCCAUUGGAAGAAGAAUAAUUUUUGUUUUGUGAAUUACCUUGAUCAUCAGCUAAAUCGGAAUUAGUUUCGUUCAAUUCCGAAACGCUGAAGACUAAGGUCAUUUACAGACGCAUGUGUGAGAAAUUAUUUCUUUCUUUGUAAUGAUAAAUAUGGCAACUAAUAGUUUUAUAUUGUGCGGCAGUUUUCUCGGAAAAAGUUCAAAAUUAUAGUAGAAACCAACUUUUUUCCUAUUAGUAUUUAAUCCCAUUCCUUUUAACAUUGUUCCUACGGUAGGAUAAUUUUUCUCUAUAAAAUAAAAAAAAACAGUGAAAAAUGACAGAAAAGAAUAAUCAAUUUUUCGAUCAAUUUUGUAAAUGAAAAUUGAUGGACGCGAAAACUCUUUUAGCAUUAAUUCUGUGUGUAACUCUAUCCUCCUCCUUAUUUAUAUGUUUUUAAUUUAUUUUCGUCAUUUUAUUUAUUAUUCAUCUCAUUAUUUAAAUGCAAAAUCAAAAUCAUUAAUUUAAAAUUAGACAAAACGA